AAUAAUGUCAACAAAUUUUAAAUUUUGAGUUUCGAAUCUUUAUUUUAGGAUUUUCAAAAUGGUCAAACUUAGCGAAAUAAAUGUUCAGGAACAGAUUUAUCCCGAUUCAGAUUAUAAACAUUUGGAUAUUGUAAGGAUCAAUAUAACCGAUGCUGAUUGUCAACGAAUACUUGAUUCAUUGAAACAAAACAAUGUGCCAAAACCUGUAUCAGGUUCACUUAAUCGAAAUAAAAUCAAAGAAAAUGAAAGCCAUUCGAAAUCGAAACAUUUAGGAUUUCAGCCAAAACAAGAAUCUAACAACCUUGAUCAGCCUUUGAAAAAACCACGUCUUGAACAAAAAAUCAAACAGGAGACAAUUGAAUGUAUUUCAGUGAAUCGAAUGCCGAAUCCCAAAUUGGAACCAAAAGCCAGUAAUCAAUUUGCAAAACCAGUGGAGAAAUUUAAACAAAUCUCUAGUUUUUUAAUUGAACCCCCUCCUAAUGAAAUUGUUCAAAAACUUCCAAUGGCUUUUCAAGUCAUCUAUGGACGCUAUAAACCAUACAAAAAGAACAAAGAAUGGACUUUUGAUGGUUUUUUGACAAUUGAAUCGAAUGGAAUUAAACUUUAUAAAUGUUCAGGAGCUAUUGAAAGUCAAUUGGAUCGUGCCUCAGAAAAAGUGCCAAAAUAUUUUGCACCUGGUACACAUUUGAUUGUUGGACAAUGGGAAUGUGAAAUAUGUAGCCAAUUGUCGAUAGACGAAUUAAAAUCUGGCGCUUUUUUUGCUCCUGAUGCAAUGAUUGAUUAAAAAGAUUAAAUUAAAUUCUAAUUAUGAUUAAAAUUUUAAAUAAAAUGUAUCGUAAUUCAUAUUCGAA